CCGGUCCACCGCGCGGCGCAGAACCGCAGGCGCUCGGCUGGCUAAGCCUGCGCGGGGCCGCCUCGCUCGCUCCCAGCUCCGUCAGUGGCCCGCGGGGCCCGAUCGCUGCGCCCGCGGCCAGGGCCGAGGCAGGCGCUGACCCGGGGCCGGGCAGCCCGCACGACUUUCGGAACAUGGCAACCCGUGUGUGUCUCAUCCCAGAAAGAGAAGACUUUAACCACUGUGAUGCCUGAGAAUCCAGUGAGUGUGACGUUUCUCCAGAUACUUCAUGCUGUUCACCUGUGUCCUCGCCACACCCCUGCCGCACACAACUGCUGAACCAUGGGGGAAAACGAGGAUGAGAAGCAGGCCCAGGCGGGGCAGGUUUUUGAGAACUUUGUCCAGGCAUCCACAUGCAAGGGUACCCUCCAGGCCUUCAACAUCCUCACACGACACCUGGACCUAGACCCUCUGGACCACAGAAACUUUUAUUCCAAGCUCAAGUCCAAGGUGACCACCUGGAAAGCCAAGGCCCUGUGGUACAAAUUGGAUAAGCGUGGUUCCCACAAAGAGUAUAAGCGAGGGAAGUCAUGCACGAACACCAAGUGUCUCAUAGUUGGGGGAGGACCCUGUGGCUUGCGUACUGCCAUUGAACUUGCCUACCUGGGAGCCAAAGUGGUCGUGGUGGAGAAGAGGGACACCUUCUCCCGGAACAACGUGCUACACCUCUGGCCUUUCACCAUCCAUGACCUUCGGGGCCUGGGAGCCAAGAAGUUCUAUGGGAAGUUCUGUGCUGGCUCCAUCGACCAUAUCAGUAUUCGCCAACUACAGCUCAUUCUAUUCAAGGUGGCCCUGAUGCUGGGAGUUGAAAUCCAUGUGAAUGUGGAGUUCGUGAAGGUUCUAGAGCCUCCUGAAGAUCAAGAAAAUCAAAAAAUUGGCUGGCGGGCAGAAUUUCUCCCUACAGACCAUUCUUUGUCGGAGUUUGAGUUUGACGUCAUCAUUGGUGCCGAUGGCCGCAGGAACACCCUGGAAGGGUUUAGAAGAAAAGAAUUCCGUGGGAAGCUGGCGAUUGCCAUCACCGCCAACUUCAUAAACAGAAACAGCACGGCAGAAGCCAAGGUGGAAGAGAUUAGCGGCGUGGCUUUCAUCUUCAAUCAGAAAUUUUUUCAGGACCUUAAAGAAGAAACAGGCAUAGAUCUUGAGAACAUUGUUUACUACAAGGACUGCACCCACUAUUUUGUCAUGACAGCCAAGAAGCAGAGCCUGCUCGACAAAGGUGUCAUCAUUAACGACUACAUCGACACAGAGAUGCUGCUGUGUGCGGAGAACGUGAACCAAGACAACCUGCUAUCCUAUGCCCGGGAAGCUGCAGACUUUGCCACCAACUACCAGCUGCCAUCCUUAGACUUUGCCAUGAACCACUAUGGGCAGCCUGAUGUGGCCAUGUUUGACUUUACCUGCAUGUAUGCCUCAGAGAACGCGGCCCUGGUGCGGGAGCGGCAGGCGCACCAGCUGCUCGUGGCCCUCGUGGGUGACAGCUUGCUUGAGCCAUUUUGGCCCAUGGGUACAGGCUGUGCCCGUGGCUUCCUGGCAGCCUUUGAUACGGCAUGGAUGGUGAAGAGCUGGAACCAGGGCACCCCUCCUCUGGAGCUGCUGGCUGAAAGGGAAAGUCUCUACCGGCUGUUACCUCAGACAACCCCAGAGAACAUCAACAAGAACUUUGAGCAGUACACGUUGGACCCAGGGACGCGGUACCCAAACCUCAACUCACACUGUGUCAGACCCCAUCAGGUGAAGCAUUUGUACAUCACCAAGGAGCUGGAGCACUACCCUCUCGAGAGACUGGGCUCACUGAGGAGAUCUGUCAACCUCUCCAGGAAGGAGUCAGAUAUCCGGCCCAGCAAGCUCCUAACCUGGUGCCAGCAGCAGACAGAGGGCUACCAGCAUGUCAACGUCACCGACCUGACCACAUCCUGGCGCAGCGGGUUGGCCCUGUGUGCCAUCAUCCACCGCUUCCGGCCUGAGCUCAUCAACUUUGACUCUUUGAAUGAAGAUGACGCUGUGGAGAACAACCAGCUUGCAUUCGAUGUGGCUGAGCGAGAGUUUGGGAUCCCUCCAGUGACCACAGGCAAAGAGAUGGCAUCUGCCCAGGAGCCUGACAAGCUCAGCAUGGUCAUGUACCUCUCCAAAUUCUACGAGCUCUUCCGGGGCACCCCACUGAGGCCCGUGGAUUCUUGGCGCAAAAACUAUGGAGAAAAUGCUGACCUCAGCUUAGCCAAAUCAUCCAUUUCUAAUAACUAUCUCAACCUCACAUUUCCAAGGAAGAGGACUCCACGAGUGGAUGGUCAAACCGGAGAGAAUGACAUGAACAAACGGAGGCGGAAGGGCUUCAAUAACCUGGAUGAGCCUUCAAACUUUUCCAGCCGUAGCUUGGGUUCCAAUCAAGAGUGUGGGAGCAGUAAGGAAGGUGGAAAUCAGAACAAAGUCAAGUCCAUGGCGAAUCAGCUGCUGGCCAAGUUUGAGGAGAGCACUCGGAACCCCUCACUCAUGAAGCAGGAAAAGAAGUCACCUUCAGGGUUCCAUUUUCAUCCCAGCCAUUUGAGAACAGUGCAUCCUCAGGAAUCUAUGCGAAAGUCAUUUCCCCUUAACCUGGGAGGCAGCGACACGUGUUACUUCUGUAAGAAGCGUGUGUACGUGAUGGAACGGCUGAGCGCCGAGGGCCACUUCUUCCACCGCGAGUGUUUCCGCUGCAGCGUCUGUGCCACCACCUUGCGCCUGGCUGCCUACACCUUUGACUGCGAUGAAGGCAAAUUUUACUGCAAGCCUCACUUCAUUCACUGUAAAACCAAUAGCAAACAACGGAAGAGACGGGCAGAGUUGAAGCAACAAAGAGAGGAGGAGGCGACAUGGCAAGAGCAGGAAGCCCCUCGGCGAGACACUCCCACCGAAAGUUCUUGCGCUGUGGCCGCCAUUGGCACCCCGGAAGGCAGCCCCCCAGGUAUCUCCACCUCCUUCUUUAGGAAGGCGCUGGGCUGGCCCCUCAGGCUGCCGAGGGACCUGUGUAACUGGAUGCAGGGAGUCCUGCAAGCCGCUGGCCGCCAUAUCAGGGACAAUGCUUACAACUACUGCUACAUGUACGAGCUCCUGAGCCUGGGGCUGCCACUCCUCUGGGUGUUCUCUGAGGUCCUGGCAGCCAUGUACAGGGAAUCUGAGGGCUCCCUCGAGAGCAUCUGCAACUGGGUGCUCAGGUGCCUCCCAGUCAAGCUCCGCUGACAUGCCUGGCCGCCCCGAAGUGCCUUCACAUUUCCAGGGAGGCUUCAGAUGGCAGUGCGUUUGCAGUUUGCUCAGGCUCUGGCCAGGAAGCCUAGCAUUCUCUAAGCAAUUAGCUCAAAGCCAAAGAGUUUCACAUGGGCCACCUCCACCUGGCCUUAUCAGGGUGAACAUCUACUCACGGUGCUAGGGCCAGGGACGAUAUGAAGGAUCUUUUCUAUAGCUUUGUACUUUUAUAUAUAUAUAUACACCAAAGUGAGCCAUACUUCUGGGUUUACAUUUCAAUUUUUUAAACUUUAAUAAGCCUAGAGAAAGCAUUUUUUUCUAUGAGUGUCAAUUUUUCUAAACAUGAGUUUGAAGCUUAUAACCAGUUUUAUAAAUCCCUUGAACAUUGCAGUGAGUUAUCAGAGCCACUGCAUGCAAAGUGGAUGAUUUAAGAUUUUACACACAUGAAAGUGAGUGUGCCAUCUCCUGACCAGUGCCUUUUGACUUAGGUACCCAGAUGCCACUUGUCAGCAGCAGGAUACUUUUUAUAACACGAAAGCGUAAUUAUUGUAGAAGAAGAGAGUAGAAGGGCAGAAUAGAAUUCAACUUACAAAAGCACGGAGUAGUGUGUGGUUGGCUGUUAUCUGUCCCCCUGGGGGGAGGACUGUUUUGCUCCCUUGUUUUGAUGUUAAAUAGUAGCUUAAAGGCUUCCACCCCUAUACCAACUCACAGCCAAAUGACAAAGAACCAUGGGGUUUCAACAGAUUCUACAAACAUGCAUUUUCCCUUCCCACUAAUGGGCACUGCAGUGAAAGCCCACUGGCAUUUGACCAUGGAGCUGAUGCAGUGCUGAAGAUGAGCUCUUUCAGCUGAUGGCAUUUUAGACCCUGUGGCUCCCAGCAGAUACCCCAGCCCAGGCUACAGGCUAAGCCAAGGCUGUGCAGGGUCCAUACUGGUCAGGCCGAGUGGAGUGGAAGACUCUGUCCACUUAUGUGGUGUCCUUUGAGACUGAGGGGGUUUGUUAGCACAUCAGGCUAUUGCUGGGAAGUGUGGCCUGCCCAGUGAGCAUUGCCUGUGGACAUCCUGACUGCUUAGCUGCUCCGCUGCCAUGCAUAUGUGGUCAAAACAGAAACCAUUUUCACACUGCCCUGGGAAAGGAAUGGGUCUGACCUCCAGGGGAAGCUCUACCGUAUCUUGACUGGCAAGGAAGGCUGGGAGUGGAAGCUAUUUAGGGACUGAUCCAAAGGAAAUAUGCAUUAGUAAGGGUAAAAAUGAGCAUGCAGGUCCACCUACAUUCUUCACUCUGGGUAUCUAGAAGAGUCCUCAGCUCUCCCUAUUCCGCGCUGCCUAGACAUACACACCUGCAGGGUCUGGCUGAACAAUCAAGGGGCUGCCAGAGAAAGGCCAUCUACAGAGCUCAGUGUAUCUGGAGUUGCUGGGCCCAAGAUAGCUCUGUGCAGUUAUCACUAGAGAUGCCUCUGGAUUAACUAAGAGGUGUGCCUGGGUGUGGGUGAGGAGCCAGAACCUUUGAGAGCUUUGAGAUGAAAGUUUCUAUGGGGCGGGAAGAAAGGAGGAGGUGCAUUUCUACAAACACUUCCCUGAAAUCCUUGGGAAAAACAGAGGCAUGGCGGUGGCCAACUCUGUGGGAACCGGCGCCUCUGUCGUUGUUGGCACUGCUCUCAGUCCGAUGACUUGCAUUGUGUUUUCUCCAAUUUUUGCUGGGAUUUUAAUGUUCAGCAUGGUGGGAGGAACCCUUGAUUCCUUUUGUUUGAGUAUAGAAAGUAAAUUCUCAAGGUCAUGAUGUGAACGGCCAUGGUAUUGUGAUUAUUUUCAGCUCAUGAUAGGCUGAGAUGCUUUGUGGAGAGUUCCAUGAAGCCAGAGUCAGAAUCUCUGACUGUCAUGUACAGCCAUAACGAGACUGGUUUGAAUUACUGUGGUGAGACAGGGUGUGCCUGUCAGAAAUCUGAGAUGUUUGUAUGCUCUGAGAUGUUGAACCUUUCUGGUGGGCAGCACCAACAUCCAGGGGUGGACCCCAGAGGAUGGAUGCCUCUAGGCCUCCGCAACAUAUUCAAGAAUGAAUAGGAGACACUAGAGUAAAAUGGGGGCAGAGAGGAUAUCAGGGAGCAAGAUGCAAACUGUGUGCAUCCACUCUUAUAAACAAGUAGCUGGUCACAACCAGAAAGGUUCAUCUCUCCUAAGCAAACAGUGACUCUUUCAGAGGAAGUUUCCCUCUUUCAAUAGUUGCCUUAUUUUCAACUCCGGUGCCCUCUCGUGAUGUUAAUCAUUUCCUUUUUUCCCCCACACUAAGUUCUCUUUUCUAUCUUUCUCUCUCUUUCCAAUCUUACACCAUGGCCAUCAGUUCAUUUCAGCCUUCCAGUGCUACACCCACUUCUUGGCUGACACACUUCUGCUCUAAGGUGACUGGUUUUCUUGCCAAUUUUCAAAGAGUGGUACUAACCCCCAACCCGCUUUCUGCACCCCGUCCUCUCACCAGCAGUACUGGUUGCGCUAACUGUGAGUGUCUUGCAUACUGAUGGACUCAUUUGGUGGCAUGGUUGGCUAACAGCAUGGGGGAGUGUUCAGCUUGAGACCCAUGUCUGUGUUCAUUUCCCGUGGAACUGGCAGCCUGGUCUACCCCAAGUGCAUGCCCCGCCUCUCCUCUCUCCCUUGGGUCUGCCUGCGUGCGUGCUUCUCCAGUUGCGCCUGCGAAGCCACCUACUUUCUUGGGAGGUUCGACCUUGCUCAUGAGACAGUACCAUGAGGGGGCCUCUGUCACCUUUGAAAAGAACACUUUUCGAGCAGCCUCAAAAAGCUCAUACAUACCAGCCCUUUCUUAAAUUGGCUCUAAUGUAAAGAUUGUUAAUGUCAUUUAUCAAAACCAUAGGUGAUUAUUUGCAGGGAUUUAAAAAACGUAAUUACUCUCAGGCCUCAUCCCAAGCUUGAAACAUGCUCUCUAGGUUGAACACAUAAUCACAAAUAUUCUAGCAAAUCCUGCCUUGCUUGCAGCCUGCACUGUAGAUCCAAGGGUUUUGCUGUGGCUCUUCUUAUCUCCCUUGGCUCAUAAAGCCCCAGAUGACGCCAGAGCUUCAAUUAGAGCCAUCAUCAUCCCAGGCAGGGAUAUCUUUGAGAAAUGACUCAGUUCAGCCCCAGGCCCCUGUGGACCUGCUUAAAGCACACAUUUCUGCUGACUCUUGUACCUGGGGCAGCAGGAUAAUCACCAACAUGCUCUUAACGAGACACAACACACCAAGCACAGUGAAGCUGUCCUAGGCAACCCUCGCGGUCUCAGGCUGCGGUGGGCAUCUGUCCUGCAUGCGGCCCAGACCACCCUGACCCCUGGGCGAGCCUGCCUGGCCCUGCAUGCUGCACGCUCACUGCGUUUGUGCAGAUCCUGGCCAGUACGAAGUCGUUGCUCUUGUCUUAUCUUCUCUUACAGAGUCUCCCUCCCUUUAUAGAAUGUCAACCAAAGAGUGCCCUCCUCCCCUCUCAGCCUCCUCUUUAGCUAGCCUCCCCAUCUCAUCACAACGCAUGUCUGUGACCUUUGGUAAUCAUUUACAGUGCCACACGGAACCCUGUAUUUUGCACACAGCAAAACAAACAAUGUUUAGCUUUAUUUAUGGUAUUUGAUGCUGUAAAUGGAAAUAAAUAUUGUUCUUUGUAAA